AUGGCGGCCAACCCGGUCACUCAAGACAAUUAUUUCCCGAUCCCCGUGGCCGACGUUGCGGAUGCUGGUGACGGAGCGGCAGCCGCCGGUAAUGGAGGGGAAGGUGCUCAGGAAGGGAUCGACGAGGAGAGUGAGGAUGAGGAGGCUGAGUCGUCGCCGGCGGCGACGGUGAGCAACAGCCUCGACACGCGUCUGGAGCAGUUCCGGCUGCAGUGGCAACAGGAGCUGACGGCCGGCGGAGGCAGGCGGAGGCGGAAGUCAUCAACGAGGCAGGAGCCUAAUGAAGCAGAGCAAGCAGAAGAACUCUUUCAGCAGGGUGUGGAUGCUGAGAAGUGUGGCAACCUCUAUGAAGCGAUCGGUUUCUAUCGGCGCGCAAUACAACUAGUGCCCGAUAUUGAGUUUCGGAUUCAAGAAAGCUCCCAGAAUAGGGGGAACCAGAUUAGUGAGACCGACUAUGAGAGCGAAGAGGAUUCGGACACGAUGACAGAGAGCGGAGAGUCGGACAGCGAGGAUGAGGAGGCUGGAGAUAACGACGCUGAACAAGAUCCGAGCAAGGCCCUAGUGGCCAAGUUUAACAUGCUGAAGCUUGAGCAGGGUGACGUCUCCAAGACCUGUCAUCCUGAGUCAGAGCAGAAGUGUGUCCACAUAUCGGCACUGCCAGUCGAGGUCCUAGUCUACAUCUUCAAGUGGGUCGUGUCAUCUGAGCUGGACAUGAGAUCACUGGAGCAGCUUGCCGGAGUUAGCCGUGGUUUCUACGUCUGCGCCCGAGACCGAGAGAUCUGGCGACUUGCCUGCGAGAAAGUGUUUGGAGUUACUUGUGGAAGCCCAACCACGUACGGCAGCUGGAGGAACAUGUACAUUCUACGUCCUCAUGUCAGGUACAACGGCUGUUACAUCAGCAAGACAACCUACGUCAGGCAUGGUGAGCAGUCCCUCGACAACUUCUACCGACCUUGGCACACCGUCAACUACUACAGAUACCUGCGUUUCUGGCCUGAUGGUACUGCGAUGAUGCUGACGACGCCUGACGACCCGCCGGCGACACUGCCCAAGCUGCGCACGCCGCGCGAUGGCAAGACAACCGCGCUGAUGGUCGGCCACUACCGCAUGGUCGCCAACGCGAUCACCGUCGUCGUGAAGAAGCACAAGGAGCGCGAGAGCAACUACUACAGCCGCUACCGCAAGCGGCACCAGCAGCAGCUGCAGGCCGAGUCCGAGCGAACCUUCCACAUGGAAUUUCAGUUGAAGAACAUCGGGAUGCGAACGCACUGUCAACUCGCCUGGCAAUACUACUCCAUCCACACGUUGAACAAGAACAGCCAGGACAGCAUCAGUGAGUUUGAGCUGAAUGGUAAGAGCUAUCCUCCGUUCCACUUCUCGCGAGUGAAGAGUUACACAUCCAGCUCACAGAAUCCUCUCCAAUAAGAGAUGCUGCAAGGGCAAACUGUAUCUAAUGGAUAAAAGGAGAGUGAGUUCGUGGCUACGUACAAGGCGAGAGAACACGAACAUGAAACAAAGGUUCCGUUGAACCUGUGUUAGUGGACACCUGUCUAUAAACGAUAUAUUGGGGUUUUUCUUGAGUUAUCCCUUAUAUAUAAGUUUGACUGGAUGAAUGUAUGUAAGACAUACGUGUUCAUACAUUCUGCUGGUGCAAUCAGGUUGUUAUAUCCUAAUUAUGCUUGGUGGCAUUGCUUUACCCUUACAUUUGACACUUGAUUUUGGUAAUUAUACAUGAAGCCAUUAUAAAUUGGUGCCGCGAAUAACAUCGUAGAUCUCAUGUGUGAACAUGCAACAACAACGAGUAAUGACAAGCACAAAAAGUAACAAAAAACACUGAAAACAACAGUGACAUAAGUAACACACUAUUCAUAUCCCAGCGUCCUUUCUCUAUAAUCUAGUUGCUGCUAGAUUGAAAUUAUUCGUUAUACGUUCUUUACGUGUUUUAGUUUCUUUACGGUGUUUAUAGUUUUUGUGAGACAACUCCCUUGUAGGUGUUUUAUACGUGUUGUAUGAUUUGGUGAUGCAGCAGUUAAAGUAUCGCGCCAAUCGAUCACAAGAUGCAAGCACUUGUACGUGUGUUUUAAGAACUAGUGUAUUGUCGUGCAAACUUGUGUGACUGUGUGUGUGUGUGUGUGUGUGCGUGCGUGCGUGCGUGCGUGCGUGCGUGCGUGCGUGCGUGUGUGUGCGUGCGUGCGUGCGUGCGUGCGUGCGUAGGUAUGUACAAGCUUGUUUUAGGUUCGUUUCACGAGCUGUUUGCGUUGCAUAAAAUAUGACUUCAGGACUA